CGCACGCGCCAUCACCUGACCUCCGCCGCCACGCUGCUGCCCCGCCUUCUUGUGUUGUUGUUGUCUCCUCCACAUUGUCUCCGGGACCAGCGCUCCCUGGACCCCAUUUGUGGAGUCACCCCUUACCGUCAAAAUGUCCUCGCUGCCGUUUCCUGCCUGUGAGGGGGCCUGUAGGAGCUGCGCUGCCCGCAGAGCGGGCCUGUGCUCGGCUCUCCAUCAGCAGCGGCCCCCACCCCUGCUGUUGGCCGCCACAGGGCUGUGCGAGGGGAGAAGGAACCUGGCGGCGGCUGCGAUCGGAGGCAGGAAAAUCACCCACCCCGGAAAAGCUAUACUUGCAGGUGGCAUAGCAGGAGCAAUAGAGAUCUGCAUCACCUUCCCCACAGAGUAUGUGAAAACCCAACUGCAGCUGGAUGAGCGAGCCAAUCCUCCACGUUACAGAGGAAUUGGUGACUGUGUGAGGCUGACUGUGCAGGAUCACGGUCUCAGAGGACUGUAUCGAGGUCUCAGCUCUCUGCUAUAUGGCUCCAUACCCAAAUCUGCAGUCAGGUUUGGCACGUUUGAAAUGCUCAGUAAUCCAAUGCGAGAUCAUACCGGUCGGCUUGACAACAAACGGAGCCUCCUGUGUGGUUUAGGAGCAGGGAUAGCUGAGGCUGUGCUAGUCGUCUGCCCCAUGGAAACAUUGAAGGUGAAGCUCAUUCAUGACCAGUGUUCCCUCAGACCUCGCUACAGGGGCUUCUUCCAUGGAGUUAGUGAGAUUAUCAGGGAACAGGGUUUGAGGGGAACGUAUCAAGGAUUAACACCGACUCUGCUUAAACAAGGGAGUAAUCAGGCCAUCAGGUUCUAUGUCAUGAACGCCUUGCGGAAUUGGUACAAUGGUGAUGAGCCUAGGCGAGAAAUGCACCCAAUUGUCACUGCAAUGUUUGGAGCCACAGCAGGAGCAGCCAGUGUUUUUGGAAACACGCCUCUGGACGUGGUAAAGACCAGGAUGCAGGGUUUGGAGGCCUAUCGUUAUAAAAACACAUUGGAUUGUGCCUUCCAAAUCCUGAAGCAUGAAGGACCGCAUGCGUUCUACAAGGGCACGGUUCCCAGACUCGGCCGCGUGUGCCUAGAUGUAGCCAUAGUCUUCGUCAUUUACGAGGAGGUGGUCAAACUACUCAACGACGUGUGGAAAACGCAGUAAACAAAACUGAUUGUGACAAGGGGUCCAGGAGGAAGCACGGACCACUGCCUCUUGCUACGCACAACGCAACACCUCUGUUCCAGUUCAGUUUAGCCGUCUGGGUCAUCUUGACCGGUGUUUGCACUGUUAGUUUAACAUAUUAGGUUACCUAGAUUCAUUCUAGACACAGCAAUGGAGUGGAAAGUGUUGUUAAGAGUAAAAUACCACAAAGAACAUCAAAUGGAGUAGAAAGAGGUGCUCUAAGAAAGGACUGAAUAACAGAAGGAUAAAAGGAGAACUUCAUAUGACUAUUGCUGACAUGGAGCGAAUACUUUGUACUAAAACCAAACAAGUGUCUUGAUUCACUGAGAACUUACCAGAUACUGUGCUAUGAAUGGACUCGGGCAAGCUUCUAGAAUCAUUGUAACCAAUGUUUGCAGAUCUUGGCUUUGCUUGUGGUGCCCUCAUGCUUGCACAGUGAUCUCUUGCAGUGUGACAAAGUUUCAUGUUUAUUCCGUGCCCAGUGCUGAUCACAAGGAGAUAUUAGCUCCUUGCAGACCCUUCUGUUUUGUCAUCAAAUCGUGUAGGUCUGCUACAUCGAUGUUCUGUUUUUAAAUUGGUUUGAGGUGCCACAAAGGCUUUUUGUACAUGAACUGAUAAAUGGUAAACAGGAAAACCAGUUUGUGUGCAGGAUCCUAUGUUUACUAAAAGAAAAAAGUUCUGCAUAACACUGCUUUUUAGGUGGGAAGAAUUCAGUUCUGGGCUGUCGGAGAACUUUUGACAUGAUGGGUGAGAAGCCUCAAAGCAAACAGUCUGUUUUAGGGGAUCUAGUGAAUCCUGAAAGCCUUGAACUUAACUCUUUUCUUUUGUUGCCAAAAACUCUUCGGGGUUCACUCACUCUUUAGAAAAGUAUGACAAACAAGUUUGAAAAGAAAGUAGUUAAAACCUAUAUUUCCAGACUUUCUACUCUUGUAUGUUUUCUUACACAUUGGUCCUUUCUUGCUUCCUUUCUCAUCUACCCUGCAUUAGUCCUUUCUUUUGUCUCCUUUUAUCUUUGUGUCAAUUUUCUCUCAUUGCCCCUUUUCAUCCAUGCUUGACUGUUUCCUUACUUCCUUUUUUGCCUCCUUAAAGCCUGACUUCCUAUAACGUCCUAUUUGUAUGCAGACCCGAGGGUCUUACCUCCAUUGCCUUGUUACCUACAUACCCUCCUUUGUUUUUUCUUUCUUUCUUUCUCUUAUUUUUGUCUUCACUUUUGUUACUGAUUAAAUUUUUAACACCUCUUCACUGUUCAAUUAUUUGAUAAAAUCUAUUCUUUUAUUUGAAAAUGCCUGUAAACAUCCAAGUGUAGACAAGUUUUUACAAGGGAAAUGUUUGGGAACAUUAACAUUAUUACAUGUCUCCUAUUUCAAUGCUGUACGUUCCAAUAUUUUAUUUAUGAAUCACUGUUUGUUCUCACUGUCAUCUGAAUGGAUUUAUUGCACAAUUUUAUUAUUUGCUUUUUGGUUUUUUUUUUAUAAAAACUGUCAAUUAUGACAUGCAUCUUCUCUUUAGAUUCUGUGUAAGCACUUGGACAGGAUUUACAGCUCUUUAUUGUGUGGCAUUGAAACCAAAAUGCAAUAUGACGUACAUAAUAGUGGAAAACAUCAGUGAUCAACUUUGAUGUAUUUGAUGUUAAUGAGAAGAAUAAAUAUGUGCAAAACCAAAUCUUUGUGAUUGUGA